AUGGAUGAGGAGAAGGAGCCUGGGCGCUGCCGGCGAACGGACGGGAAGAUGUGGCGGUGCUCGAGAGACGUCGUCCCAGACCAGAAAUACUGCGAGCGGCACCUCCACAGGGGCAGCACCACCGGCGCUCGUUCAAGAAAGCCUGUGGAACAACCUCCACAAUCGCAAAAUCAACAAGAAGAAGAAGAAAAACACAAUCCUGUAACUACACCAACAAAACCCCUGACCUCACAACAAGCAUCACAAAAUUCCACUACAAAACCCUCAAAAAUCACGGUUCCAUCCGAAACAACCGAUUCUCCCAUGACAUCAAAGCCCUCGAAAACUGCCACCACUUCAUCCCAAACACCCCCUACUAAAGAUUUGGUCGCGAAAACGACAACAAAACCCUCAAAAACCACCCCUUCCCAGACGUCGACUGCAACUCCGCCCUCUGAUGAUGCAACUGUCCCGCUGCCAAGGAGCCCCUCAUCAGGUGUGGAUCCAGGGCGCUGCCAGCGGACGGAUGGGAAGAGGUGGCGGUGCUCGAAGGAUGCGUUGCCAAAUAAAAAGUACUGUGAAGGGCAUGUCCACAGGGGACGCGUUUAUUACAAAAAUCUCGAAAAGAAACCAAAAACUGCCUCUGAUAUGCCAUCCACUGCAGAUACAAAUGUGAAAACUUAG